AGAAAAAAUCGCCAAAAACCAGGGCUGGUAUACCAGCCCUGCCAAAAACUUAAUUUUUAUGGCAUGAAUGACACACUUUCAUACUUAUUCAUAUGUUUAGGUGUCUUAUCUUAUAAUAUUCGUAUCUAUGAAGACUAGAGAGACUCGUAUCCUUUGUCAAGACCAUAAUCGUCAUAGAUAUACCUAUUUGUAAAAAUAAAAAAUCGAAAAAUCGACCCUAAAUCGUUUUUUUUUAGGUUCACUGAAAUCCCCAUUUGACUUUUAGUUAAUCGUUACUAGGCGAAAACAUAAUUCGCUUUCAUAAUUGUCAGUGACAUUUCUUGUUCUUAAACUAAAAUUAUUAUUCCUUCAAGAAAUAAAAAUAUGGCUUCAAAUUUGGGGACUUUUGUCAAAUAGUGGUUGGUACUGUUGGCAGCCCUGACCUCACCCACCUAACCUAAAUCCUCUUCUUCUCUCUUUGCAAAGUUGGAUUUCUGAUUUGGCUAUAGAAAUGUCUACAAAUUCUUUGGAAAAUGAGAUCGAAAAAAGCGAGCAGAAAAACGACAACGAAUUAGAGAUCCCCAUGGACUUUUCAAUUAAACAUCCUUUACAAAGUGCUUGGACUUUAUGGUACUAUGAAAACGAUAGAACACAGACGUGGGAAAAGAAUCAAAAAGAAAUUUCCUCCUUCCAAACGGUGGAAGAUUUUUGGAGCUUGUACAAUCAUAUCAAGCCUUCAAGUGAACUGAGACAAGGAAGUGAUUACUCUCUAUUCAAGAAGGGAAUUAUGCCCAUGUGGGAGGAUAAGGCUAACAAAAGAGGAGGCAGAUGGCUGCUAAGCUUAGAAAAGAAACAGAGAAAUAAUGACUUAGAUCGCUAUUGGUUGGACAUAAUUCUAUGCCUUAUUGGUGAAGCUUUUGAGAAUUCCGAUGAAGUCUGCGGGGCUGUCGUUAACAUCAGGCAUAAGGGGGAUAAAAUAGCGGUUUGGACGGCCGAUGCUCAAAAUGGCAAUGCAGUCUUAGAAAUUGGGAGAAAAUUAAAAGAAAGGCUGCACAUACCUGCGAGGGUGAUGUUGGGUUAUCAAUUACAUAAAGAUACUAUUGAGAAGACCGGAUCAGUUUCUAAAUAUUCGUAUACCGUAUAAUUGAUAAAUUACGGGGAUGAUUACACAAAAAAGAAAACUUGGUUAAGUGCGACAUUUUAAUCAAAAUACCUUUCCAUCCAUUUAACAUAAAAUGAACAAUUACAAAAAAAAUUAAUAUCCAAAUAAGACGUGAUGCAGUUCGAUUGAUCAGAACCUUUUAAAAAUACCAACGAUUUUGGUAAAAUUAAAAAUUAUUUCGUGACAAUCUUUAAAUGCGUCAGAAACUACUUGUUCGGCCUUUUUAUUGAGGUAAGAGGAAGUUUUUUUGGGAUAAAAUUAGUAGAACCAUUUUCUUUUCUGAUUAUGCAAUUUGAUAAAAAGAUAAUGUGGGGUGUAACAAUUUUUUUUAAUGCUGGUCAUAUAUUUUUGUCACCCCUGCGUUACUUUCAAAAAAAAAAAAUUGCUUCAAAAAGUCGGUUAACUUUUUGAAUUAUUGUUUUAUUUAUCCAGAAAAUUCUUGGUAUAUUUUCAAUAAAUGGCACCAAAUUUUAGAUUAUUUUCACUCAAUACUUUGACAUCGAAAAAGUCAAAAUUUUACAUUUAAGACACUGUGUUUUAAUAUUAAACAACGAAAUAUCUUCUUGGAGUGCUUCUCUAGAUUGAGUGUAAUGAAUUAACCAUUGAAGCACAUUUUUUGAGAUGUAGCCUAAAUAUGAUGCCUUCCUCUUUUAUACAGUACUAGUCUUCGUUUGCUGACAAACUUAAUCAUUGUUGACCUUGUAGUUUCAAAUACACAAAAAUGAUUAUCUUAUAGCUGUAUCACUCACUGAUGUGUUUCUCUUAGUUGUCUUGGGCUCAUUGCUGUGGUUGUGACCUUAUUCCAAGCUUCUCAUUAUAUUGUUCUCCAUUCCUUGCACAUUUCUUCAUUAUCUACUCAUAUUCGUUGUCAUAUUUUAUCGUUCAAUAUUAUUUAUUUUUGUAAUUUUCUAUAAAUACGUCUUUUAUUAUCUCUAUGCACAACAAGUUUCAAAUAUUGAAUGACGUCUUACCAUUCUUAUUAAACGUAAUUUCAAUUAUAAUGCUUUAUAUGAAAGGAUUACAAUGGUCCAGAUCAAAUUUUGUAAGUCUGAUUAACUCUGGAAAAAUAUAAAAUGGUUCUAUUUAAGUUUUCCUAGUACAAUUUGUAGACUUUCUCUACUCUCACCGACGUGUAGUUUCUAUUAGAUGAAAAUUAAAGUAAGUUUGAGAACGUUUCACUACUCUCUGAUGUCGCACGUCAAGUUUUUGUAAUGUGUUAUCAAAUUAAUAAUUAAUUAAUGUUAACAUUCAUAGUUUAUUUUGAAAUUGUAUCUUUUUUAUAGUACUCAUUAAUAAUUUUUAGUUGAGUGGUUUUGAUUCUUAUUACAUUAGUUUAUGGAAUAUUUAUUUCGUUUUUUUUUCUAUUCGCAUUUGGGUUUGUAUGAAUGUUCUGGUUCUAAUUUUUAAUUGUUUACAAUCUUUUAUUACUGGCGGAGAGCUAUAUUUUUAUGCUUUUGUGUAUUUAUAUAUUCGUGAAACAAAGAUGUUUUAAAAUACAUUAUUAUUAGUA